AUGAUGCUGCCCAGUUUGCUUUCCCUGCGACAUUCAACUUAUGUCCAGUACGUAGGUCUCGUAGGUGUUGAGUCCACUUCCUCGAACGCCCGCGACCGCGGUAUGGUGUCCGUACGCGGUGGGAUUGCGACAACAGGACUCUCGGAAGUAGGAUCUUUCGCUAAUGCGAUUUUGUUGACGACGAAGGGAUCUUUGGACAAAUGUUUAAAGGCCGGCAAUAUAUACGCGGUGACCAGCAAGCUUAUUGCUUCAAAUACUCCUUUAAUAGACCAUCUGCAUUUCGAUCCAAAACACGUUAUUGAUCUCGGACCAGCCACGGGUCCAAAAGUGGAGACCCUAUACAAGAUGAUUGACAAGGUAUCGAUAGUGACUCACGGCUACAUCACGCAUAGGCACUGUUUUGGUGACAAUGGUUCAGGCAAGCCCCGGAUGGUUUUGACAGUCAAGUCGGUAGAUUGUGAUCCAAUUUCUUCCAGUCCCGUAGUCUGGUCCACUCGACAUUACGUUACAGAAGACCUGAACGAGGCCGGCGAGGUAAAGAAGGCUCAGAAUGGAGCGGAGGUUAUUCUACAUGGCAUGAUCAAGGACUAUGACGAUAUUGAUGAAAUGUGGGAAUCAGAGAUUGUUUCUAUCACUGUGGUUCGAGAAGCCGAUGAUGUGAUUACCCCGCAGGUGCCCGUACCGAUACAACGAACACCUAUUUCAAGCUGGAAUAGAUCUGAAUUUAUUCGUCCAAACGAAGAGACCUAUUACGACGACAUGAUCCUUUCUUAUGAGGGUGCAGAUGGUAGUGUAGGCCACGCUCUGAAUAAUUUGUUUGGUGAUACGGCAAACGGACUAAGGGUAGAACACACGUUGAAACGAUCUCGGGAUUAA